AUGGCACUACUAAAAGUCAAAUUCAACCAGAAGAAAAGGGUAAAACUAGCUCAGGGACUAUGGCUCAUGAACUGGUUUUCAGUGUUCGCAGGAAUCAUUGUUUUUAGCAUGGGAUUGUUCCUCAAAAUUGAGCUCCGGAAGCGAAGUGAAGUGAUGGACAAUUCUGAAAGCCAUUUUGUGCCCAAUUCUUUGAUAUCGAUGGGUAUAUUAUCUUGCGCCUUCAAUGCUCUUGCUGGCAAAAUUUGCUAUGAUUCUCUAGAUCCAACUAAAUUUGCAAAGUGGAAGCCUUUGCUGAAACCUUACCUGGUGUUAUGUUUCUUUUUUAACUUCUUCAUUUGUUUCAUUGCUCUGAUUUGCUUUCUCAUGAGGGGCUCUCUGGAGACAACAUUAGCAUAUGGGCUAAAGAAUGGCAUGAAGUUCUACAGGGAUACUGAUACCCCAGGAAGAUGCUUCAUGAAGAAGACAAUUGACAUGCUCCAAAUUGAGUUCAGAUGCUGUGGAAACAACGGUUUCAGAGACUGGUUUGAGAUUCAGUGGAUCAGCAACAGAUACUUGGAUUUUGGCUCCAAAGAAGUGAAAGAUCGAAUUAAAAGCAAUGUGGAUGGAAGGUACUUGGUUGACGGAGUCCCCUUCAGUUGCUGCAACCCCAGUUCCCCAAGACCCUGCAUCCAGUACCAAGUCACUAACAACUCGGCUCACUACAGCUACGACUACCAAACAGAGGAGCUCAACCUGUGGAACCGCGGCUGCAGGGAGGCACUUCUGAUCUACUACAGCAGCAUGAUGAGUUCCAUGGGUGGUGUUGUCCUCUUUGUCUGGCUUUUUGAGGUGUCUGUGAUGGUUGGUUUGCGUCUUUUGCAAACCGCUCUGGAAAGCAUCGCAAAUCCUGAGGAUCCUGAAUGUGAAAGCGAGGGGUGGCUCCUGGAGCAGAGCCUGACAGACACUUUCAAAUCUGCGUUAGAAAGUUUGAAAAAGAUUGGUAAGUUCAAUCAGGUGGAUGCAGGUGCUGAAGGGGCUGAAGGCGAAGAAGGUGGAAAGACUCCAGCCAUCACAACAGUCAGUUGAGCUUCUCGUCUGAGGUGGACUUUAUCAAAGAAAUGAAAAAAACUGAGAAUGUGAAUACGUACUUUAGAAAAAUGUAUAAACCAUCACAAGUAUACAUUUCUACAUACUUUUUUAUAUGUGGGGUAUGCUAUAUAGUGCACUUUGGGAUAAUAUAUUUACCUAUGUUCAUAGUGAGUGUAAUGGUCUCCAUAACUUCUAUGGGAAAUGACCGGAAUUAGGGCUUUAAGGCUCCAUGCUCACUUGUUUGGGACAGUUGUGUCUACACCUAUCUGGAUGAGAGUUAGGCUUAAAAAAUAUAUAUAUAUUUUUUUCUUUUAAAUUGGCUGGCAUCACUUUGUGAUCCUUUCCUUUUUUGGGGGUGGGGUGGGGGAUAAUGUAAAAAGAGAAUUUGAAAAAUUUAUUGUUUUUUACUCAAGUUUACACAUUUAUUUGAGCAACAUAACUUAAUGUUUAAAGUUAAAAGGCAAAC